AUGGUCUAUCAUGUCGGCCGGGGCAAGAUCGUCCCCAUCUACGACAGAGGCUUCGUGGGGGGUCCCGCUACAAGGUUCAAGGAGGGAAUACCUUGGGUUUCCACCCACAUUGCGAUCAGGCAGGAGCUCCUGCUUCUUGAGGAAGAUGGCACCCACCCUCUUCCAUCAUCGGCAUUAUCACGACUGCGAGCCUUGCUCGACCGCCACACCAAGAUCUACGUGGUGAGUCUGUGCCACAAGCACCUCGUGGAGCUGGUCUUCCGGCAAACGGGCUGCGCCAUCAACCAGGAGUCGGACCUGGGCGCCUACCUCGUGCUGGGCCGACGUCUGCACCAUCGCCAUCAACGCGCGGACGAACACGAUGGCGACCGGUGGGUG